GUGGAAAUCCUGCUAACUGCUAUUAUUAUUUCAGUCGUUUCAGGAUGGAGAAGAAACUGAUCAUGCCUGUCUCCGAAACAACACCGCUGCUGGUCGUCCCGGUCGCCGCCCAGCGAUACCGGUAUCCGCAUCACCCCCUGCGAAGGGCGUGCACCUUUACGCUGGGCGUGCUGCUUGUGGGCGCCCUUGUGCUCUUCCUGACUCCUGCUGGUCUGUGGUCUUAUCUUCCCUGGGCGAGCGUGUACCCGCACCAGUCGUGGCCGCACGGCCAGGGUCUCUCGUACGGCGAGCUGCAGGAGAUCCUCCUCACCACGCCGACGGCGCAGCGGGAGCGGGAAUGGAGCUCGUAUUACACUUCUGGCUCGCACUUGGCGGGGAAGAAUCUCAGCCAGGCGCUGUGGACGCAGGAGAAGUGGCAGGAGCUGGGCGUCGACGAGGCGAGCAUCGUGGCGUACGACAUCUACCUGAACUACCCGGUCGAGCACCGGCUGGCACUGCUGAAGAAGACAGGAGGGGAUGAGGAUGCAACCGAGGUCACCUUCGAGGCGACGCUGGAGGAAGAUGUACUCGAGCAGGACGGCACCAGCGGUCUGCCGGACCGGGUGCCGACCUUCCACGGCUACUCGGCGAGCGGCAACGUGACGGCCCAGUUCGUGUAUGCGAACUUUGGCACGUACUAUGAUUUCGACGACCUGGUCAAGGCGAACGUCAGUCUGGAGGGCAAGAUCGCUCUCGUCAAGUACGGCGGCGUCUUCCGCGGCCUCAAGGUCAAGCGAGCCCAGGAGCUGGGCAUGGUGGGCGUCGUCAUGUAUACCGACCCACAGGAGGAUGGCGACAUCACCGAGGAGAAUGGCUACAAGGCUUAUCCUGAGGGGCCUGCCCGGCACCCGAGUGCCGUGCAGAGAGGGAGCACUCAGUUUUUGAGUUUUGCACCCGGCGACCCGACUACGCCUGGGUAUCCAUCUCUCCCCGGAUGCGAGCGACAGGAUCCGCACGCCUCGAUCCCCUCGAUCCCCUCGUUACCCAUCUCGUACACGGAGGCGCUGCCGUUGCUGAAGGCGCUCAACGGACACGGACCCAAGGCGUCCGACUUCAACAAGUACUGGCAAGGCGGCGGCCUGGGCUACAAGGGUGUCGAGUACAACAUCGGGCCGUCUCCCGAGGAUGAAGUGAUCAACCUGUACAAUCAGCAAGAGUACACGACCACUCCGCUGUGGAACGUGAUCGGGGUGAUCAAGGGCGCCAUACCAGACGAGGUAGUGAUUCUGGGUAACCACCGGGAUGCGUGGAUCGCGGGAGGUGCGGGCGACCCGAACAGCGGCUCUGCGGCGCUGAACGAGCUGAUCCGGAGCUUCGGGGCGGCGCGCAAGGCCGGGUGGAGGCCGCUCCGCACGAUCGUGUUUGCCAGCUGGGACGGCGAGGAGUACGGCCUACUGGGGUCGACGGAAUGGGUGGAAGACAAGCUUCCCUGGCUGCAAAAGGCCAACGUCGCGUACCUGAACGUGGACGUGGCGGCGAGCGGGCCCAACUUUGCGCCGCGCGCGAGCCCGCUGCUGAACCAGGUGAUCUACGAGGCGACGAGCCUGGUGCCCUCGCCCAACCAGACGGUGGCCGGGCAGACGGUGCGGGAUGUGUGGGACGGCGCGAUCGCGACCAUGGGCAGCGGCAGCGACUUCACGGCCUUCCAGGACUUUGCGGGCGUUGCCAGCGCGGACUUUGGCUUCACGCGCGGGCCGCACGACCCGGUCUACCACUACCACUCCAACUACGAUAGCUUCGACUGGAUGGACCGGUUCGGUGACCCGGCCUGGCGGUACCACGAGACAGCCACCAAGGUCUGGGCGCUGGCGGCGGCGCAGCUGGUCGAAAGUCCCGUACUGGCGCUGAAUGCGUCGGACUACGCCUUUGCACUGGGGGCGUACCUGGAGCGGAUCAAGCCGGCUGCUGCUGCUGCUACUACUACUGCUGCUGCUGCUGAUUCGUCUCAUCCAUCGGCUGUCUUUGACUUUACCUCGCUCGACCGGGCGAUUGCCGGCUUCCAGGCCGCGGCGAUGCGCUUCGACGCCCACGUUGCCGACCUGCGCGCCGGGCUGCACCACGACUACCCGUGGUACCGGUGGUGGCAGAAGGUACGGCUGUUCCUCCAGGUCCGCAAGGUCAACGACCAGCUCAAGGCGCUGGAACGACAGUUCCUGUAUACCGACGGGCUGGAUGGCCGCAGUUGGUUCAAGCACGUCGUGUUUGCGCCAGGCCUGUGGACGGGCUACUCGGGCGCGACGUAUCCUGGUUUGGUGGAGAGUUUUGAAGCGGGGGAUUUGGAAAAUGCAGAGAAAUGGGCUGGGAUCAUCAAGGAGCGCAUUGAAGCGGCCACCAAGACGCUGCAGUAAUUUUCAGAAUAGUAUCCCAGCUACUCCGUACUCGGCUUCAGAAAUAUCAUAUAUCUUACUCUGUGCCUCUUUAAUGCCAGUCAUUCAACCACCUGAUCAAUAUUAAUACGAGCAGAUGACCCUGACAGGGAUGUAUGUUGUACGACCGACGUACUCUGCACAUCGUGGCUGAUUAGAUCUGCCUAUCACUGCUAUCUAUCCAUUCUCCAAUCGUCAACGUAUUCUCUCUCCAGUGUCCAUACCCUGCAUACGGAGUAUAAUAUUAUUGUCU